AUCCAUCAAGAGCAACAAAAAGAAAUCUUGCUAUGUCAAUUAUUAAUGCUUUUCCUAAACUGCACUCUGGUGGACCUCUAGGAUAUGAAAAUUACUAUUGCGCUUAUAAGGAAGUUGAAGUAAAUGGCAAAAAAAAAGAAAAUAACACCUCAUGGACAUAUCGAGGAGCAGCUGAAAACAAUUAGGAAGUUUGAUGGUGUCCAUGCCCAAACUACACGAAAACGAAAAUCCGUUUCUCAAACGACUUUUGAUGUUGCAGUUCCUUUUUCAAAUGAAGAACGAAACAUUAUAAGUGAGUUGUCAUUUGAUGACAUUCAGUAUGAUCGAAAACAAUAUAUUCUUGAAAAAACUAGAGUAUCGUCAAGAAACUGGAUUCUGUCAUCAAAACCACCUUUUCAUGAUUUUAUUCGGAAAUUUCCCCUAUUUAAAGAUUUAGGAUUUGAUUUUCAAAGAGAGUUUACAGCAACAUUUGAAAAUGCUAAAGAUUUGCUUACGCAAUCGGAGGAUAUGGCUCCUCGUGUUAUUACUUGGGCUCGUAGAAAGGAGAAUCCGAUGGCAAAGCAACUACUUUUAGAGCUUGACAGCCAGCUAAUACCUGCAAAUCAUCGAUGCAUGGAGUUUGCAUUUCACUUGCUUCCAUACAUUCUCCAAGUGCCUCCUAGAAAUAAGGAUCGACCGUCUACAGCUGAAGUUGCAGCUCACUUUAUUCAAAUCUUUCCUGAAACUACAGCUAUGGAGACGAUAAUUGAUGCAAAUAGACAUACCUUUUUCAUGCAUCCAUUUGUUAUUGCAAUAGGGGCUCGAGGCAAUUUGAUUCAGUCGUUUAUUUUUAUAGAAGACAAUGUUAUUCCUAUUAGAAAUGGUAUGUUAAGUGCAGUCGACCGUUUGCUGAAACUAUAUUUUGUAAUCGAUAUUAAAUAUGCGAAAGAGUGCAAACAUGUUUUACAUUUUUUGCAAUGUGUAGUUAUGGGUAUUCAUGACGAUUUGCCGUUGUCAAGAGGAGGCAGUGAUCUUUCGUUGUUUGUUAAUGAAAAAUUAAGGAGUGGAUAAACUUUUAAAUGUUUUUAUUUUAAAGGGUACGAAAAUAUAUUAUAUCAAGAAAAUAUCACGUACUUUAUAAACAUUCCAGUUGUCUCAUAUUCAACAAUGACACGUUUACCUGUCUGAUGCUCAUCAAGUAGUUUACAAACAUCCUAAAAAAGUUGAGAUUUUUUGAAAUAUAUUUUUAGAAAUUAAAAUCAGUCCUUAUAGUUUUGCAAUACAGCUAUAUAUGUUAAAAAAUUUACAAAUUUGAUAUCGUCUAUUCUAAGUACUGGAUACGGAGUAUGAAGAACAUCGCUAUCACGUGAAUGUGUUGAAUCUGAAAGGGGAUUGGAAGUUGAUAAACUAGUACUAGAACUAGUCUGAUUAGGUGAAACAAGACUAUUUUCAACAGUGAAAUCAGUUUGUAAACACUCAGUCUGCACAAAAUCUGUGGAUUGUUCCUAAAACUAUAAUAUAAAGAUAUAAUAUAUUUAUAGAUAUAAUAG